GUCACCACACCUAAGCUGUUGCCGCAAAAGUUUGCUCUCUUUGCCAAUAAUACUGAGAAUAAGUUCGAGGUAUUGACGGGACAUAAGACGGGUCUCUACUCACGAAUUCUCAAGUGGAACGACAAUUCGAGUCUGUCCGUAUGGACGGGUCGUUCAUGUAAUCUAGUGAAUGGUACGAAUGGUUUCCAAUUCUCGCCAUUAAUUCAGAGAGACGACAGACUAUUUGAAUAUUCAACUGAUAUUUGCAGAUCAAUUGAAAUGAGUUAUGAGAGUCAAGAAGAUAUCGAUGGCAUUCCUAUCUAUCGGUUCAGUCCGGUUGACAAUGCCUUCUAUAGUCCCAAACAUAAUAUACAUAACACCUGUUAUUGUCUUUCACCGAAAACACCCGAAAAGUGUAAUUUCAUCGGCAUUUUGAACAUGUCUUCGUGUACCGGCGCUCCACUCAUACUAUCAAAUCCACACUUCAGACGCACCUCCCAAGUGAUCGCCAAAAGUAUUGACGGACUUUCACCUGAAGAACGACUACACCACACAUUCAUUGAAGUGGAACCAAUCUCAGGUUUGGUGACCUAUAGAGCGCGUCGCUAUCAGCUGAACGUUCACACGAAGAAAUGUCCACUCAAUCAAAAUGUGGGCAAAACUUUGAAAGAAGCGAUCAUUCCNGGCGAUCGUAUGUCGCGAUCGGUGUCGGCCUGUGUCGCGUCCUUUGAUCACUCGUAUGUCAAGUACUUCGCGACGACUCGUCUCCAGCGUCGAGUGCAGGAGAUCUCGCAAGAGCUCCAGGAGAUGAUGUUAGACCUGUUGCGCGAGUACUCGAACAGAAACAAUGGCGAACUCCCGGAGCAGAUCAUCGUCUAUAGGGAUGGCGUCAGCGAAGGCCAGUUCAACGCCGCGCUCCAGCAAGAGAUCAAAGCGCUCAGCAAAACAUUUGCCGCCGAACGCGAGGGCUAUGAGCCUCAGUUGACAUACAUUGUGGUCCAGAAGCGUCACCACACGAGAUUCUUUCCGUCGAAUCCGGCCGAAGGCGUGGGUCGCGCGAAGAACGUGCCGCCGGGUCUGGUGGUGGACACGGAUGUGGUGUCGAAGACGCACUUCGACUACUUCCUGUGCUCGCACGAAGGCAUUCAGGGCACCAGUCGUCCGACGCAUUACUUCAUCCUAUGGGACGACAAUAAGUUCACUCCGGAUCAGUUGCAACAGUUGACGUUCGCCUUGACUCACGUGUACGCGCGCUGCACCCGAAGCAUCUCAUACCCGGCGCCCAUCGCUUACGCACAUUUGGCCGCAUAUCGCACUCAGCGACACAUCAUUGGCUUCAAGCAGAGGGAGGACUCGGAGUCGGGCUCUUACGGCGGGUCGUCGGUUGGUGUGGCCGCUCCACGGCGUCACGGAGUGGGCGGCGAUGAGGUGCUCAUGGAUAAGAUGAAGAUCAACGCCGCCUUCAAGAGUCAGAUGUACUUCUGCUAAACAGUCGACACUUUGCUUUCAUUUUGUUUUAG